CUGCCGGGAACCUCAACGCAAAAUGAAGUUGAACAUUUCUUAUCCAGCAAAUGGUACUCAAAAGCUGAUUGAAAUUGACGAUGAUCGUCGUCUCCGCGUCUUCAUGGACAAGAGAAUGGGCCAAGAAGUUCCCGCAGACUCUGUAGGCCCUGAAUUCGCAGGCUAUGUUUUCAAGAUCACCGGUGGUAAUGACAAGCAAGGUUUCCCCAUGUUCCAAGGUGUCUUGCUUCCUCACCGUGUUCGUCUUUUGCUUCGUGCCGGUCACCCUUGCUACCGCCCUCGUCGUGAUGGUGAGCGCAAGCGUAAGUCCGUCCGUGGUUGCAUCGUCAACCAAGAUAUGGCUGUCCUCGCCGUCGCCAUUGUCAAGCAAGGUGAGCAAGACAUUCCUGGCUUAACUGAUGUUACCGUCCCCAAGCGUCUUGGACCUAAGCGUGCUUCUAAGAUCCGCCGCUUCUUCAACUUGACCAAGGAAGACGAUGUUCGCCAAUUCGUUAUUCGUCGUGAGGUUCAGCCCAAGAAGGAGGGCAAGAAGCCUUACACCAAGGCUCCCAAGAUCCAACGCCUUGUUACUCCCAGAACUCUUCAACACAAGCGUCAUCGCUUUGCUCUCAAGCGCAGACAAGCUGAAAACAACCGUGAGGCUGCUGCUGAGUUUGCUCAGUUGAUGGCUAAGCGUGUUGCUGAACAAAAGCAAAAGAAGGAUGUUGUUAAAGCUCGCCGUGCCUCUUCUUUAAAAAAGUAAGGCCGACAUAUCCAUAAAGUAACUAGGUCAUCUAUAUAAUAAUGUUUUCAUUUGGAUUUUGAUUGGGACCUGGAGGUGUUUUGUACUGUUUGUCAAUUAUACUUUUUUAAAAAAAAAAAGAAAAAGGUGAAACCGUAGAACGAUAGACAUCUUUAUGUUGAAGCAGUCAGUAUUAAAGACAGUUUUCAUUGAAACCUUCCAAACGUAAGCCAACGGUGAUGACUGAUGUUAAAAGAAAUUGAAGUGAAAAAUGUUGCGUAUUACUUUUUAGGUAUGCUUAAACUACACAUAAACAUUCAUGAGUUUCGCUACUAAGCGGCCCUCCUUGAAAUUGCCGCUAGUCUUUGAAAUUACUGAAUUUGGGUCAACUCAGUGUUGCUUUUCUUUACUAAAAGUAAUAUGUGAAAAACAAGGAUAAUAUCUACAUUGUACAUGUAGGUUUAAAGGGACUUUUAAAAGCCAAGAUACUAAAAUAAAAGACAAAUAAUGCCAAUUCCUAAAAUUUGCCUGAUGGAGUCAUAGUUUUUUUCAGACAACUAAAAUGUUUUACCAAACGAGUUCAUUGAGAAACAUGUAUGAACAAUAACGAUCUUAUUUAGAUUAUCACCGUUGUACAUCAAACUGCUAAUCUCGCUUUCAAUAAUCGCAACUUUUCACUCGACAUAAACAAAAAAAUUUCAUGUUACUAGAGUGUCAAAGGUAACAGGUGCAAACACACACGGGGAUUAUAUUGCUAUCUCGCAGAAAGGCAAUCGUGAUGUUUUUUAUUGAUUUA